AUGAGUAUAGCUGCAUAUGCGUAUGAAGCUGACAGAGCUAAACGUUUAUAUUUUGGUCAAUACUCUCUCACACUUACUGACAAAUAUAUUGUUAUCACUGAUGGAAAUACUGAGAAAUACAUAACAUGGAAGGACUAUGAAAAGUUUGACCCUAUUUUAACUCCAUGUACUAUGCCGUUUAUAAAGGACGGUGAAAUUAUUGAAAAAGAUAAUACAACCGUAUAUAGGUCUGUUUAUGAAGCAUUAGAAUAUAUGUUGAAUCAUAAUCCAAAAAGAUUUGACCCAAGCACUACACCAUGUGCAAUGCCUUUUAUUAAGGACGGUGAAAUCGUAAGAGUUCCGGAUUCAACGGUUUACACAGCUGUUCAAAACAGUUUACAAAACAUUUUAGCGAAUAUCUUUAAUUCAGAAACUACAGAAAUAAAAUUACCGUAUAUAACAGAUGCUAAAGAAAUUAAGGAUACCCUUACAUUGCGUAGUUAG